CUCGGUACCAGCAAUCCAGUAUAGAACAAGUCAUUUUGACAAUCAACCAAAGCUCCUAAACAUGGAUGAUGCUCAACCAAAUCGUUCAUGGAUGUACGAUAGGUGUCAUAGAGGAAGAGGUGCUUUGAAAGAGUCUUUUGUAUUGGGUGUUGAAGAGUUUAUAAGUAAAGCUUGUGAACAAGAACGUUAUCGUAGAGACGGGGGUCUUCGAUGUCCAUGUUUAAAGUGCGAUUGUACAAAGAUUCUGCACGAAAGAGUUGUAAAGGUUCACCUUUACAAGAACGGUUUCAAGCCUAAUUAUUUCAUUUGGGAGGAUCAUGGGGAAAGAAUGCUAGAAGAUGAUGUACAGAAUCAUGAAAGUUGGAUGGCUGUAGAGACGGAACGUGGUCAAAUUAACCAAUUUCAAACAAUGGAAGACAUGGUGCAUGAUGCUCUUAGGCAAAAUGAGUCGUGUCAAGCAUCUACUUCUAAUAACAUUGAAGAGGCUCCGAAUGAAGAAACACAAAGGUUUUUUAAUUCUUUGUUGGAUGCAAACCAACCGUUGUAUGAAGGAGCAUCAGAUUCGAAAUUAUCAAUGUGUGUCAGACUAUUAGCUUGCAAGUCAAAUUGGAAUAUUCCUAACCAAUGCAUAGAUUUUAUUGCAAAAAUGGUUAUGGAUGCAACACCCAUCAAAUCAGGUUUGCCUAAAACAUACUACGAUGCAAACAAGUGUGUAUCAAAGUUGGGAUUACAAUCGUAG